CACCAUGGGGCUGGAGCUCUACCUGGACCUGCUCUCGCAGCCCUGCCGCUCCAUCUACAUCUUCGCCCGCAGCAACAACAUCCCCUUCGAGUUCAAGCACGUGGAGCUCUUCAAAGACUCGGUGCUGGGGAGGAGGCCGGCGGCGGGCGGCGCGGAGCAGCCGCGCACAGGGUCAUCAAACAGCGAAGGGGCUGCCAAGGUCAGCGUGCUGAGGAGGGUACCGGCGCUGAAGGAUGGGGACUUCACCCUGGCAGAAUGCACCGCUAUCCUGCUGUACCUGAGCCGAAAGUACAACACUCCCGACCACUGGUACCCGGCGGACAUACAGAAGCGGGCGCAGGUGGAUGAGUACCUGUCCUGGCACCACGCCAACAUCCGCGCUAACGCUCCCAAGACCAUGUGGAUCAAGGUGCUGAUUCCCCUCUUCACCGGGCAGCCCUUGCCCACGGAGAAGCUGCAGGAGGUUAUGGAGGGGCUGUCGGCUUCGCUGAAGCAGUUGGAGGAGAGGUUUCUCCAGGACAAGGCUUUCAUCAUCGGCAGCGAGAUCUCUCUUGCGGAUCUCGUGGCCAUUGUGGAGCUGAUGCAACCCGUCGGAGUCGGCUGCGACGUCUUCGAGGACCGGCCCAGGCUGCUGCAGUGGCGUCAGCGCGUCGAGGAGGCCGUGGGGAAAGAGCUCUUCUUCCAAGCCCACGAGAUGAUCCUGAAUAUCAAAGAACUGAGCAACAUUCAAAUCGACCCGCGUCUCAAAGAGCACCUGGCGCCUGUGUUGAUGAAGAUGUUGAAAUGAAUUAACCCGUGUGACCAUUUUCCCUGCCCUUCUUUUUACCUUCUUCCCUGAUCUCCACUUUUCUGUGUAACUAGAAAGAGCUCGGUAGUUCUUACACAGAAAUUGAAGGAGCUCCCAACCUU